AUGGAGCCUCACUUGGUGAUACAGCUAGUGAAGGACACUGCAGCCCAGUAUUCGUUAUACGUUCUGCUUGCGGUGUUGUUGUUCUCAUGCCUCGCAAAUAGAGUCAUCACUGGGCUUCAAAGUCAGCCAUACGCAUCGACUGAGGGCGAAGCGCAUCGUGUCCGGAAACUCGCUUAUUGGGUUCCUGGCCUCGGACAUGCAUUCUCGUUCGUCUGGAGUCAUCGAGCCUUUUUGCUGAAAGCAGUAAAAACCAUAAAUGAACCCGUUGUGGCUCUGCAAAUGGGAACUAGAACCCAAUACUUUAUCUACUCACCCUCUAUGGCGCAAAGGCUUUUCGACUACAGAGGGGCCCGCUCUGGAGUAUUCUCCACGAGGAUAAUCGAGAAUUUCGUUGGUGAUAGAGGCCUGUUUCGUCGGAUAACACCCGAAAAUCUAGAAACGAUUAGUCGUACCCUAACGCUAAUUACGGAAGAACCUUAUCUUGAACAGCUCUCAUCGAAAAUCGCCAAGUUUCUCGAGAGAGAGACAGCUAACUUGGUCUCUUUUAACCGUAGUCUUGUUGACCAGGCUAUAUGGGAACGUAAUGCCGGGAUUACCGUGGAGGAGGAUAGUAACCCUCCGGUUUCCGAAGGAAGUCUCUUUGCCUUGACUAGAAGCUUCACAACUUAUAUUACCACCCAAAUAUUUAUGGGCCAAGCUCUUCUCGACUUUCACCCUGGCCUUUUGGAGGAUUUAUGGCUAUGGGACCGCGAAUUUGUACGGUUGUCGGGCGGAACUCCAAGGUUGCUUCUACCCGGAGUAUCAGCAGCACAUGCAGCCCGGGAACGCACGACGAGGUUGAUGUCAGUCCUGCAGGCGUCGUUCUUGGCAGUAGAAGAUGGUCGAGAUGCACCAAUGGAGUUCCGUGACCUAGAUGAUGUGUCAGAAUUGAUGCAGCAACGGAUACGCCUAUUGAAAACACUCGGUUUAAAUCCUACUCUCAGCGGUCGGUUGGACAGUUGGUUAUUAUGGAAGCUGACCAGCGAUUCCUCCAAAUUGACUUUUUGGACUCUUUUCCAUGCAUACUCUGAUCCCACUUUACUGUCCAACAUUCGAAAAGAAAUUGCACCAUUCGUCAAAACCUCCCGCCUUGGACCUAAGGAGACGGGUCUACCCUUCAUGGAGCCACCCAGGCUUUCUAUGGAUAUGAAACGGCUCCUCAAGUCUUGCCCACUACUGAAAGCAACGUACGCGGAAUCUGUACGAUUAGAAACGAACCCGAUUUCAUAUCGGGAAUUGACAACGGAUUUGGUCUUGACUGAAUCUCCCAAAGAAGCAGCUAUUUCUGAUUUGAAAGAACCACGUUUUUAUGAAUUUCACCGGGGGGAUGUUUUGGCUGUUCCCUGCGGUGCGCAUCACAUUGACCCUACUUUUUACCCGGAACCUCAAACAUUCGAUCCCACAAGAUUUAUCUCCGUAAAAUCAGGGAAGAAAACCUUCGAUUGGCAGGGCGUUCUGCCGUUUGGUGGAGAUGAUACCUUUGCUUCCCUGGCUGAGCGCGAAGUAUUGGCGGUUUCUGCUGCUAUUAUCUCUCUCUGGGAUAUUGAUCCAGUGAGCGCUGGAGGCUGGAAACAUCCAGGUCAUAGAUUGUCAGCAAACGCCUACAAUAUUUCUCACGAUGUGCGCGUGCGAUUGAAACACCGUAUAUGA